AUGACGAUGUACCUACCUGUUGAAGCCAAAUUCGCCUUGAAUACUGUUCGGAUAGAUGUGACACGGGCUCGCAGUGAGCUCCAAAAAGCAGGUGUAUACAUUGCUCCCUAUGACCAAAGCAUCAAGAACAAGCAACGUGCUGAUAUCAUGAUAAACGGCUACGGCAGAGUCGAGGAUUGGCCCAGCGAGAUGGAAAGUUCGAAACAUGGAUAUGCGCUCAAUCCGAGUGGCCAAGAAGGUCUCGAUUGGAAUCUGGAGUGGAUACAACAGGCAUAUGGCUUCGACCGAUCUACAGCCUGCAUCAUGAAUUACUUGUGGCGCGUCUCCACAGGUGGUGAUGCCAACUCUUGCACCUUGAAAUGCGAGUAA